UCUGUCAAAACUUAAUAAGUUCAGAAGAAGCAAAAUGACUUAAAUUAAGAUGAGCUCAAUCAUUUUUCAGAGAGGCAGAGAGAAUUGUGUUCGUUGAGGGACAAUUGCUCAUCUUCUUCAAUUCUCGAGAUACUUUGGGUUCAGCAUGCAAUGAAGACAUUAGCUUUUGUUGCUUGUUUCAUAGUUUUCUCCACCACAAUCUUGCUCUCAGUCAUUUACAAAAAUCUCAUGUUUGGUCUACUUGGAGAAUUUGCUAAUGUCAAGAUUGUUCCAGGAAAAGCAGACAACGCUACAAAUUUUCUUUUUGACUCAGGAUUUGCUGAAGAACCUUGUUUGAGCAGAUACCAAUCUGUUAUAUAUCGAAAACAUUCGCCUUACAAGCCUUCCCCAUACCUUCUUUCAAAACUACUUAAUUACGAAAUUCUUCAUAAGCAAUGUGAACCUUACACAAAAUCCUACAAUCAAACCAUAAAAGCAAUUAAUUCUGUCAACAUUUCAAGUCCUACAGAGUGCAAUUACAUAGUCUGGACACCGCUUGAAGGUUUAGGAAACAGAAUACUAACUAUGGCUUCAGCAUUUCUCUAUGCUAUCCUUACCAACAGAGUUUUGCUUGUCGAACAUGAGUCCGACAUGGCUGAUCUCUUCUGCGAGCCGUUUCCAAAUACUUCAUGGUCAUUGCCUCAGGAUUUUCCCCUGAAGAGUGAAUUCAGAAAAGUUAGUCAUCAAUACCCACAUGUUUUUCAGAACCUGAUUAGCAUAAACACCAUUAAUGCAUCCUCAGAGUCACUACCUUCUGUUGUGAAUAUCUUGUUAGCUGGUGGCAAAGACAAGACUUUCUACUGUGAAGAGCAGCAACAGCUUGUUCAAAAAAUUCCAUGGUUGAUUCUGAAAUCGGAUGAAUACUUCAUUCCAUCUCUCUUCUUGAUCCCAUCUUUCAAGCAAGAACUGGACAGUAUAUUUCCUGAUAAAGAAACUGUUUUCCAUUUCUUGGGUAGAUAUCUUUUCAACCCUUCAAAUGAGGCAUGGGGGCUAAUUACAAGGUUUUAUGAGGCUUAUUUAGCCAAAGCAGAUCAAAGAAUUGGUUUUCAAAUAAGAGUAUUCAAUCCUAAUGCCACUUCAUUUCAAAUCCUUACAGAUCAAAUUAUAGCUUGUAGUCAACAGCAAAAUCUGCUAGCACAAGUAGACGAGAGUAAAACUGCAGCCUUUUCAUCGAAAACCAGAACAUCAUCAAAAUCCAUACUAAUAACAUCUUUAUAUUCAAAAUUUUAUGAGGAAAUAAGAAACAAGUACUGGAGAUUUCCAACUAGAACAGGAGAGUCAAUUGGGGUGUAUCAGCUAAGCCAUGAAGAGAAUCAACGUUUUGGUGAUAAUAUGCAUAAUAUGAAGGCAUGGGUUGAGAUAAAUCUACUGAGUAUGAGUGAUAUGUUGGUUACAAGCUCUAAGUCAACUUUUGGGUAUGUAGCUCAAGGCCUUGGAGGUUUAAAGCCAUGGAUUCUUAAAAAGCCUGAGAAUUGGAGAACAAAUGAUACAGCUUGUGGAGUAGCCAUGUCAAUAGAACCUUGCUUUCAUGAUCCACCCUUAUAUGGUUGUAAGUCGAAGAUCAAAAUUGAUAGUAUUUUUCCUUAUGUCAAGCAUUGUGAGGAUGAACCUGCAGGACUCAAGCUCUUUAAUUAUUAGAAUACUACUAAUUAGUGGUUUUGUACUUUUAAAUUAUCAUUGAUUUUCAAAUUGUUGCAAAGAAAUAAGAAGAUUAAUUUGUUUUCCA